AUGGCGGCGACAGGAGGUCAGCCGCCAGGGCUGGAGGAAGGUGCAGCCGCGGUGGCGGCGGAAGGCGGUGCUCAAGCCGCGGUGGCGGCGUCGCGAGCAGACUUGGACGCGCUGCCCGUGACGCAGUCGUGCAAGCUGAACAGCAUCGCUCUGAAGUGGGUCAGGGACACCGCAGAGAACCCUCCAGGGUUUCCAGUAACCCCGUGCGUCGACAUCACCGACUCGGACCCUAUGUGCGUAGGCGUGCUCGAGCGCACCACGGGAAUGGCAUGCAGCUUUAGGGGGGGCGGAGGGGCGCAGCCAUGGUCAUGGCGGCAGAUGUUGGUAGCGCCCAAGCCAGACGUGAAGGACAAGGUUCUGGGAUCUGAUCCCGCGGUGGGCAUCGCGCACAUCGCGUGCCAGACCGUCGACGCGCGCGACCGCAAGCGCUGGCACGCCGCGCUUCACGCGGGAAGGCCUUUCGACAAAGGUGUUCCCGUUCCCGCGUGGGACUCCCACGGCAAGUCAGAUGGUCCAGGCACGUACAGGGCAAAGACUGCAGGGAACUACGACGCUCCGUGCCGCGGCACUGGGGUCGCGGCGCAGGCCGACGCUGAAGGAUCCGCGGUGGCGGAGCCAGGGGAUGCCCAGCAAGAAGCAGCCGCGCAGACCGCCGCGUCGGGGCCUGCGUCGCACGCCGCUGCGGGAGAAGGGGCUGAGCAGGCAGACUGGCGGGAGGAGGCGAAGCAGGAGCCCACCUCGGCCGCGGGUGGUGCGUCGAGCGGCGCAGAGUGGUGGAGCGGCGCAGACUGGUGGAGCAAGGGGGAGUGGAAGGACAGCGGCGGAGACUGGAAGGACAGCAGCGACAACAAGUGGUCCCGCGGCGGAGACUGGAAGGACAGGGGCCAUGGCAAUGGCCAGGGUGGCGCCAGCAGUUCCGCCGCAGGCGGGGCAGCUUCGGCAGCCGAGCCUUCCACGGAGGAGAAGGAGCAGCCGAAGAAGUGGGGGUGGUGGCAGUGA